CAUCAACCUGCGGCCGGCCUGUGAGCCAGCCAGUCAUGCCGUUCGUCCUCGUGGCUGCAGGCGACAACUUUGCCGGUCAAUGCGCCGUGUCUGCCGCCCACGAGCCAUACGCGCAGUCUCGCUCCGACACAAAAGUGCCUAGUCACAAUGCAAGCGAGGCGCAGCACUGCAGCGAGGCCGAGAUCGCCACCGCUCUGCUCGACGGCACCCGCGCGAGAACGGUCGCUCAGUUCCACCUCGCCAUGUCGGGCGGCACCGAGAUUGCCAAGAUUGCAUGCGGCGAUCGUCACACACUCCUCGUCACAGCUUCAGGUGUUUGCAUGAGCGUUGGGAGCAAUCGAACCGGCCAGCUCGGAAUUACUGCUCCGCCGUCGUCGUCGUCGACGAGCACCAACGCCUCUGGUAGUGCGGCGACUGAUACAAACUCAAACGUUGCAAACCCGAGUUCAAGCGAAACGGCGACCAUUCACAUACCAAGACCAAUCCCGAAUCUGAGCGCCGUCAAAGUAACACAAGUUGCUGCCGGCGCGCACCACUCGGUUGCGUUGAGCGAUAACGGCCGCGUCUAUACAUGGGGAUCGAACAAACAAGGCGCCUGCGGAAUCGGAAAGCCAGGGAGCAUCCAGCGAGCCCCACAACGUGUCAAGGACAAGCUGGAGAAUGAGCUGAUCGCGGAAAUUGCUUGCGGAUUUGCCCACACCUGUGUCCGAACGAACGGAGGGGACUUGUACUGCUUUGGCUUCAACCGCCAUGGCCAAUGUGGUGCAGAUCCCUCCAAUCUCCCGAUUGUCCCGCAGCCCCGGCUUGUGUCGCAGUUGCGGAGACGCGUUGCGUCGAUCGCGUGCGGCCGGCACCAUUCCUUGGCUAUUCUGAACGACGGCAAUGUUUACAGCUGGGGAGGAGCCGAGGGAGGGCGGCUUGGAAGCGAGGCCGUGCACGAGCGACACCAGCAAACGCAACGUGAGCUGGCCGCCAAUCCGCUCAAGGAACUUGCGACCGAGAACUACGUCCCGCUGUCUUCGUGUCUCCCAGCAGUAAUUAAGUCUCUGGCACCAAACAGCGAGCUGAUCGGCGGGAAGGGCGCCAGGGUUGUUCGGGCCGCUGGCGGCUGGUAUCAUUCCCUGUUUUUGACCAAUGCUGGCAUGGUGUUGGGCACUGGCGAUACCAGUGCGGGUCAGCUUGGCAUUCGUCCGCUACGAGAGGAGCACUAUUAUCCAACACCCGUCCGGCUAUUCCAAGUCGCGGCUGCGACUUUGGGCCAUCCUUCCCAGCUCUGGUUUGCGUUUAACAAGCUGCCUGUCGAGUUGGCAGAGCAACAGCAAAAGGCACAACAAGCUUUGGAAGCGAGUGCAGCAGUGGCGGCUCAGUCAGCAGAUUCAAGUGAGGUGCAGGCUGCAGUGUUUGAUCUUCCCGAGCCCGUGGCCAGCAUCCAUGCUGGAGCCUAUCACAGCGCACUUGUAACCACCAGUGGCAAAGUUCUCUUGGCUGGGAUUGGUGCAGCCACCGGCGCUGCAUCUCACGUGGAUGUUGCCGCAGACGAUGGAGACCUUGUGCUUCCGAUCGACAAUCCGACCGCCGUGCCAACACCAGUGGUCGAAUACCGAACGCACUCCCACGCACCAAACAGCAAUCGCACUCAUAACAACUGCUCUUGUGAUGUCAUACAAUUACCUGCCGAAGCGCGUGCAACUGCAAUUGGAUGCGGUGCAGGCCACACAGUGAUUGGUAUGGUUGUUUGAAACGACGCAUUGCGACCGAAAAUACACACGAUAUGUAUCACGCCCAA